AUGACUCUAAAUACUACCGAGAUUGUCAAUCCGGACGGUGCAUGGCGACUAUGUGAUAUAGUAACAGGUAAUGAAAGUCAGUUUUAUCAUCGAAAAAUUGAAUCAAGACAACAAUCUAAAGCAUGGGUAGCAAAAGAAGAAAGUCCUCCAAAUGCAGUACCUUCUCGAACAUUAGUCAAUGCAAUAUAUUAUCGUGAUGAAUGUUUAAAAGAUUUAAUUAAAAUAUUACACAAGAAAAGACCAUCAUCAACAGCAAAUCACGUUAAAUUGCAUCAUGAUAAUGAAAAACCACAUAUGAAUGAUAUUGUUUUUAAUUAUCUUAAACAAGAAAAAAUCAAAGUUAUGGCUCAUCCAUCAUAUUCAUCUGACCUUGCUCCUUCAGACUUUUGGCUGUUCAAUUGGCAUGUCCACGCUGAUAGUAGCACUCAUCAAUCGGAGAUAAACAAGCUACCAAAUUUUCUUAUCAUUGUCGCUGACGACCUCGGAUGGUCUGAUCUGUCUCCAUUUGGUGGUGAAAUCAGCACACCAAACCUUCAAAUGCUCGCUGACAAUGGAAUUCGUUUUACUGACUUUCAUACAGCCUCGGCAUGUUCACCUACUCGAGCGAUGCUAAUGAGUGGCACAGAUCAUCAUAUUGCCGGUGUUGGUCAAAUGACUGAAGUAAUGCAGUUUCAGCCAGAGUUUUGGCAAGGGAAAGCUGGGUACGAAGGUUAUCUGAACAAUCGUGUUGCUGCUCUGCCAGAAAUUUUACAAGAUGCUGGCUAUUUUACCACAAUGAGUGGAAAAUGGCAUCUAGGAAUGAACCCAAGCCAAAUUCCAGCACAAAGAGGUUUCGAUGAUAGUUUUGCCUUGCUACCUGGAGCCGGAAAUCAUUAUAAUUAUGAAAUUUCUAUUCCAAUUUUUCCGCAAGUCUAUGCACGAAAUUUUACAUAUAUUGACCAGAAAACCCUGAAAGACUUUUAUUCAACCGAUUAUUUUGCUAAUGAACUCAUCGAAAGCUUGAAACGCAAUGCUAUGAAAACAAAAGCACCAUUUUUCGCUUAUCUUCCAUUCACUGCUCCUCAUUGGCCUCUUCAAGCACCUGCAGAUGUCAUUGCCAAAUAUAAAGGAGUAUAUAGCAGUGGACCAUCAGCAUUGCGUAAAGCUCGACUCGAAAACCAACAAAAACUGGGUCUUCUGCCACUCAAUAUUUCUUUACCACCUGAUGAUACGGACGAAGAAGGAUGGAAUCAACUUACACACGACGAAAAGGCGUAUAGUGCCAAAACAAUGGAAAUCUUUGCUGCCAUGGUGGAACGUUUGGAUUACGCUGUCGGACGUGUUGUGAAUUAUCUGAAAGAAAGCAAACAAUUCGAAAAUACAUUCAUCUUGUUUAUGUCAGACAAUGGAGCUUCCGGUAACACUCUGACAAAUGUUCCAAUUUCGUCACCCUCAGAACCCGGUAAAUACUUUAAUAAUAGUUAUGAAAAUAUUGGCAACAAAGAUUCACUUAUCGCGUACGAUCCACGAUGGGCUCAUGCAUCAUCUGCUCCUAGCCGCUUGUUCAAAGGCUAUAUAACCGAAGGUGGUAUUCGAUGUCCAGCUAUCAUUCACUAUCCCAAACUAAAGUCGCCUCUAAAAGUCAGUCAUGAAUUUACGACCGUUAUGGAUAUUUUGCCCACUAUCCUCGAACUUGCGAAUGUUCCUCAUCCGGGCACAACAUUUCGCAAUCGUACCGUUGUUACGCCCCGAGGAAAAUCAUGGAUACCAUACUUACGUAAACCUAAGAAGCAUAAACAUGUUCACAGCGAUCAUGAUUUCACAGGAUGGGAGCUGUUUGCUCAACGUGCUAUUCGCCGUGGAAAAUACAAAGCUAUUCUGAUGCCAAGUAAAGGGAAUACGUCUCAGUGGGAAUUAUACGAUUUAUCCCGAGAUAAAGCAGAGUUAAAUAAUUUGGCCCAUAAGGAAGAAAACGUAUUGAAGGAACUUAUUGAAGCAUGGUACGCGUAUGAAGCUGAAACGGGUGUCAUCCUUCCUGAAGAUACCUGGUCGAUUAGGUUUCCCAUCGAGAUAGCUUUACAUCGGCUUAUUGAGCAACCAGCAUUUUAUUAUGGCAGGAUUCCUAAUCUAUGUUAUUUGGCUCAUGGUUAUAUUAAUAUACAAUUAGUAUGUAUUCGAUACGAACAACAACAAUAUGUUGAAUCUGCCAAAUAUAUUCAAAAAGCAUACAACACAUAUUCAAAACUUUCAGAGGGUUUGAGUCAGCAGAUUCAUAUUGCACAAGUUGACAAUAAUUUUGCUAAAAUUAAUUGGAAAUACACUGGACAAUAUGAUCAUGCUGCAAAACACUUAUUACAAGCACUUCAAAUUGAUAGAAACAAUGUAGAAAUAUUCAUAAAUAUUGGUUUAAUACAAGCAUCCGCUGAAUUGUAUUCAUAUGCUUUAAAUUUUUUCUCAACAGCACUAUUAAUAAUUGAAGCUCUCAAUGAAACAGAUUAUCUUUCAUAUGAGCUUAUCUAUCGUGAAAUAGGGCAAAAUUUAUGUAAAAUCGAAAUAAUCUUGGCAAGCAUUAUUCCAUUACUUGCAAGUAGAGGUGUAAGCCGCCGAUAUCUUCUUGAAGAUUUAGCUAAUGAAAUUCUUUAUGAAAUAUUUGAAUAUCUUGAUGUCUAUGAUAUUUAUAAAGGAUUUUACAAUCUUAAUAAACGAUUUCAAAAUUUAACUAUUAAUUCAAAUGUAUUAACUAAAAUCAAUAUUUCAAUAAUAUCAAAAUCAAAUUUCGAAGAUUAUCAUCGAAAUAUUCUUAUACCAAAUCAAAAUCGAUUUAAUUUUCUUCGUUUAUCAAAUCCAUUUGCUGCCGAAAUUAUUUUCUCACGUACACGUUUAGUUUUGAAUUUCAUCCGUCUUGAAAAAUUAAUUCUUGAAAAUAUACAAAUCAAACAUCUUUAUAAAAUCUGUGAUAAUUUAAUACAUCUACGUAAACUUCAUUCAUUGACUAUAUCGAUUAGUGAUUAUAUUGAAUCAUUAUCUCUGAUUUUUGCUCGUAUAUUUUUGUUAUCGAAAUUAAAAUAUUGUAAAAUUGAAUAUCAAACAAAAAAUUAUGAAGAGCCAUUGCUUACCAUUUUUACUGAAUAUGAUUAUAGUCCAAUACAAUCGUUGAUAAUCAAUGGUCGUUUUCCAUUUGAUUCAUUUAGUCAUUUAUUAUGUUGUCUUCCUAAACUUCAAUAUAUAUCAAUUGAUUGUCUUAUUCAAGAUCAUUAUUAUACAGAAGAAGAAGAAGAAAAAUUAUCUUUUAUUCAAUUAAAAUAUUUGAAAUAUGUUUCUCUUCGAAUCGAUUAUGUUGAGUUUAAAAAAUUUGAAAAAAUUAUCACAGAAGUUUUUCAUUAUGUUCAAAUUUUACGUCUUAUGACAUUUUAUGAUGAAGUAUAUUUAGAUGCUAAACGAUGGCAAAAAUUAAUAGUAACAUAUAUGCCAUAUUUACGUAUCUUUGAUUUAAAUCAUGAAGGUUCUGUAAAAACAAAUAGUUUAACAUAUCAUGAUAUUAUUAAUGGAUUUAAUUCUUCGUUUUGGAUUGAAAAUAAAUGGUUUUUUACACAUCAACAUAUUCGGAAAGAUGAACCUGAUAAUGGAAUUCUUUAUUCAACUACUCCAUAUCGGUAA